AUGGCUAAUUUGUCGGCAAUCAUAUCGAAUGGCAAUGUUUAUCGAGUAACUAUGGAAUGUUCAAAUAGUAGAACAAGAAUGGUUAUUAUCUACAGACCACCAUCCUCGAAGACCAAUCAACUAACUAAUUCUCAAUUUUUUGACGAAUUUUGCAACCUUAUGGAGCAGCUAAUAAUUCUACCAGGCAAUUUGUUAAUAGCCGGUGACUUCAAUUACCAUGUGGACAACAGUACUAACCCGGAUACCAUAAAAUUCAAUAAAAUAUUGGAAUCGUUCAAUCUACAACAACACGUGAAUGGGCCAACUCACAAGAAGGGUCACACCCUAGAUUUAAUAAUAACAAGAAUUGGCGAUCGACUGGUGACUAACAUUGAAAUACACGACCCCAUGUUUUCAGAUCAUUCAGCUGUAAGCUGUAUGUUACAGCUUGAGAAACCACCACUGGAACGUGCAGAAAUCCAGUAUCGCAAGCUGCGGAAUAUAAACAUGGAUAGUUUUAACGAAGACCUAGGAAAGUCGAACUUCAGUAGUGACAGUGAGCUACCAACUAUUAUCGAUCAGUACGAAAAGACUUUGGAAGAAACUUUACAGAAACAUGCGCCUUUAAAACGAAGAACUAUUACUCUCCGGCCAUCAGCACCAUGGUAUAACGAGGAAAUUGGUAAAGCCAAAAGACACCGUAGAAGACUCGAGCGUCGUUGGCGAGCAUCUAGACUGUGCAUUGACAAAGAGAUAUAUAUUAAACAAUGUCAGAUAGUGAAUGAUAUGAUCAAGGAAGCGAAGACAACAUAUUACUCCUCCGCCAUUUCUAAUAAUAAAUAUAAUCAGAAAGUAUUGUUUGAUACAGUUGACAAACUACUUCACAGAAAACCAGAGAAAUGUUAUCCAACUACAUCAUCAAAAACUGAGCUAGUUAAUAAUUUUGGGGACUUCUUUAGUAACAAGAUAGCAGUUUUACGUAGUGAUUUGGCCAAUAUAUCCACCUAUGACAAUCAGUUGAGACCAGCGGAACUGUUGACACAAUGCGUUGAGUUUAGAGUCUUUCAAACGGUAACGGAGCAAGAAGUCGAAAAUAUUGUUGACGCGAAUGGCAAAAAAUCCUGUGAACUCGACCCUAUACCUGCAACAAUUCUUAAAGGCUGUAAAAAGACUCUACUACCUACGUUUACUAACAUCAUCAACAAGUCACUCGAAACUGGAUGCAUGCCUGUACAACUCAAAGAGGCUAUGUUAAAACCUAAGCUGAAGAAAAGCAAUUUGGAGUUCGAAGAAUACUCAAACUUCAGACCAAUUUCAAAUCUUAAAUUUCUAUCUAAGAUAAUCGAGAAAGCUGUUGCUACUCAACUCAUGGAACAUUUAGUCAAUAAUAACUUAGAAGAACCUCUCCAAUCAGCAUAUAAACGCUUCCACAGUACCGAAACGGCCCUGCUUAAAGUUCAGAAUGACAUUCUUAUCGCUAUUGACAAUCAGAAAUGUGUAGUUUUGCUGUUGUUGGACAUGUCAGCCGCGUUCGACACAGUUGACCAUGAAAUCCUAUUGGAACGAAUGUCAAAACGGUUUGGAAUUAAAGACAAGGUGCUAGAAUGGUUUCAGUCCUACCUUCAAAACAGGUCACAAACUGUGAUGAUUGAUGGUGUUAAAUCUGCUACUAAAGAU